AUGUCCACUAGAUCUGUGACUGUUUCGCUUUAUGCUAAGGAGAGAGAGGUUGGCAUCGAUGCUGUACUACGAGCAUCUCGUCUCUGUCAAACUGUAUUCAAGCACAUUGUAUCAUCACAGAGCAUCAUGAAAGCAGAUAAAUCUCCAGUCACCAUUGCAGACUAUGGUGCCCAGGCAGUUGUGAACUCGUUACUGAAAAAGGCGUUUCCCAAUGACCUUAUUGUUGGUGAAGAAGAUGCUGCAGAUCUGAAUACAAAUGAUACGCUUUCAACUCAAGUCGUUGACCUUGCCAAUUCUGUGUUGCCUAAUCCACUGAGUACACAAGAGAUAUUGACUGCGAUAGAUUUAGGAAAGUCUUUAGGCUGUAAACAAGGUCGGUUUUGGACACUGGAUCCCAUUGAUGGAACCAAAGGAUUUUUGCGUGGUGACCAGUAUGCAGUAUGCCUUGCUCUGAUUGUUGAUGGAGUUGUACAAGUUGCUGUUCAAGGAUGUCCCAAUCUACCCCACAGCAUAUCCGAUCCUUUUGGUAGUCGUGGGUCCCUAUUUGUAGCUGUGCGUGGUCAAGGUGCUUUCGAGAGAUUGAUGGACUCCAACCUUGAACAUCAAAUCCGAGUUUUGCAAGAAGAUAAUCCAGCAGGUACCCAAUUCUGUGAAUCUUUUGAAGCAGCACAUUCUUCACAGUCAGAUACAGCACAAAUUGGACAGAAGCUGAAUAUUUCCAAGCCUUCUGUACGCAUGGAUUCUCAAUGCAAAUAUGCUGUUCUUGCUCGCGGCGAUGCUGGAAUUUAUCUGCGCAUUCCUGCUCGUGCCGACUAUGUCGAAAAGAUUUGGGAUCAUGCGGGUGGAUCUUUGUUGGUUGAAGAGGCUGGUGGCCGUGUUAGCGAUGUGUCGGGGAAACCUCUAGAUUUUACUAAAGGUCGUACCUUGUCGGGUAACAAAGGUAUCGUUGCAACUAAUGGACUGAUACAUAAAAAAGUACUCGACGCAGUUCAAAGUGUUUUGAAAUUGUAA